AUGGCRGAACUUAACACUUUUACUGACGACUUGGAAGCACAGUUAACUUGUGCUAUUUGUAACGAUAUCUUUACUGAUCCAAGGACACUACCGUGUCUACACACUUUCUGCUUUAAAUGCAUCAAAAGUUGGAAAGAAGCUUGUCAGAGAGGAAGGAAGAGGCUGAGAUGUCCAACUUGUCGAGCAGGUGUCAAGAUCGAAGGAGACGACAUCGCGAAGCUUCCUUCUUCGUUUACUUACAACUCGCUACUUCAGCUAUUCAAUGUCAUKAAGACCAAGGCYGAYGAACACAACCAACAGCAGCUUCCAGAGUGUGUAAGUUGCAACAAACGAAGCGUAUUGGUUGGWUUUUGUSCYCAAUGUGAAGGAAUGAUUUGYAAUGAAUGCAWCAACCAACACAAAACAGUAAAGCCAUURAUAAAAACCCAUCAAGCAACGCUUUGGAGCGAAYUCAAGACACAAAAUGUCAACAGCUACAUCAACAAUCAAGCCWUUUGUAAGGAGAAAUUUCACCAGAAAUGCCGUCUCGAUUACUACUGCAUAACGUGCARAAAGUGUAUUUGUCACAAAUGUUCUGCAACAGCGCACGGCAACCAUGACAAGGUCAGCAUCGAGGAGGCAGCUGAAGAUGCUAAAAARCUUAUUAGAAAAGAAAAGRAYCKACUGRAYGAGSUGCUUAUCGGUUACAAGAAAGAAUUWGAACUGUCCAAUGAAAAUAUGACAAGGAUUCAAAGAGAGGUUGACACAGCAAAGGCAAAAGUACAAAAUGACACACAAGCUCUAAUGAAGAUUCUACAAGACCGCCAAAACGCUUUGAUUGCUACCUUAGACGGCCUGCUUGCAGAACAAACAACAGCAAAUGAAGACGAGAAAAAAGAAAUCAACGCCAACAUCCAACAAGUCACUGAAUUGAAACAUCAGUGUGAAACAACGGAAGAGAAAAACUUAGAAAAAUUGAUAUUAGAAAGCUACGAAAAUUUACUAGAAGUUUGUAAAACUACAGCGCACAACAAGUCCGUCUUAUCGACCAAACCAGUCAAUAACUCAAGUAUUCGUUUCAUUCCAAACCCGGAAUUUCUUCCCCUAAUGCAAAAAGUCAAACUCGGCGAUGUAGCAGAAAGCGUGACAGAUCCGUCAUGUUGUUCUAUGCACUCUUCAACAAAGAUCAGAUGUGGUUUUAUCAAUGAAGUUCUUGUUUUGACAAAAAAUUCACAAGGAAAUGCAUGCCACACCAGUAAAGGAAUGAUUGAUGUUCAAAUCCAAGAUGUCGACGGCAACAAUGUGCAGAAAGAACUGACCGAAACUGAAACUGGGAAAUUCCUCGUAAAACACAAAGUAGAGAAACGCUCACUUUAUAAAGUUGUGGUGAGUAUUGGAGGAAAGGAAAUCAAAAACUCACCACAGAACAUUGAGACAAUCGAUGCUAAAGCAGAAUUUGAAUCCUUGGCGAUAAUUGAUGUCAAAGAGAGGAUGUCCGGCCCUAUUGCACUUGAUGUAAGUCAUAGUGGUGAUAUUGCUGUGGUUAAUAAUUCCUAUUUUGAAAAGGAUUUCCGUGUUGUGUUGUUCAAUGCUGAUGGAGAGUAUUUGCGAGACAUUGGUGGUGCAGGAUCAGGAGAUGGUCAGCUGAGUGAUCCAACUGGAGUCAUCUUCAAUGAGGAUAAAAUAGUGAUCACCGAUAAUCCAGGUGAUCGUGGCUGUAUCAAGGUAUUUGGCAUCGAUGGUAACUACAAAAGAACUCUUUGCAAACUACCUGAAGGAAUGAUGUUGCAAAGAAUGUGUACAGUCAAUCAAACUAUGGCGUGUUUGUAUUACAAUAAGAAUAGAAAAGAGACAUUUAUUAAAUUGUUUGACAUACACAGUUGUGAUCACCUUCAUGACAUCAAACUUGAUGUUCCUGAUGAUGUUCAUGGGAUGCCUGUCUCAUUAGCUUAUGACAACAAUAAGUACUUUGUAUCGUUUUAUAGUAUGAGCAUUGUUUAUGUUUUUGACGAGAAUGGUGGUCUACUGUACACGAUUGGAAUGAAAGGCAACAAAAAAGGUCAGUUUAACGGUGUAAGUGGACUUGCCGUGUUUGGUAAAGAAAUGCUUCUUGUCUGUGAUGGAUAUAAUCACCGCGUACAAGUCUUCAGUCAAGACGGUCAGUUCAUAAAUUCCUUUGGUAGUAAAGGUGCAGGUCUUGGUCAAAUGAAUGAUCCGUAUGACGUUUCUGUUACACCAGAAGGUCGAGUAUUUGUGCUUGAAUGGAAUGGCAAACGAGUGCAGGUGUGGAGAUGA